CGUUGUAUAAUUAAUUUAUUUGUAAAUUAGAAUGGAAAAAAAACACAGUUAACAAUGAGGUAGAGUGUAUGUGAUAAGUGUAGUAGGACAGAGUGAGUGUGUUAGUGUAAACAAACUCAGACUGUAUUGGUGACACAAGCGACCAGUUGUGUCAACCAGCUGAGGGAACAAACAAAGCUGUGUAGUAGUUCAGCAGCUGAGUGAAAGUUACUUUUAUCAACUAAUUACAAGUGAAGUCUUGACAAAUAACAGUAUUUACUAUCCAGAAGUAUCCAAGAAGGGAGACACUCCAGAUAAUGGCCCUCAAGGCCUUUGACCUGGUGUCGGUUCUGGACAGAGUGGAUCUAAAGAUUGAUUGUUUUGAAGCUAGUGGAAAUGACCUGUACCUGGGAUCAGAUGAAAGUAUUGUGGUUCAUUACCUUGUUGAGGAACGGACGCAUGAUGGCACCGGCAAGAUAUUUUACUCUACCAAUAAGAUAAGCCAAAAGAACCUUGGGACAAAAAAGACUGUGGUACAACUGAAAACAGCCUCUGCUCUUGGACGCUUGAUGGUGCUAAGUGAUGGUAAUCUGUACCUUCUUGAUGCUGAUGUUCUUAACACCAUUGGUUCAGGCCCAAAAAUGAAGAAUGUCUCUGUGUUUUGUGUUAAUGAAAAUCCUAACACAUUGGACCCCUUCACUGUUCAGUUAUGUGUGGGCAAAAGAAGAUGUAUCCAGAUCUGUUCCUUGCAUGAAGACAGAGUCUCCUUUCUUAAGGAAUUAUCAACACCAGAGCCAAUCAAUAUUGCAAUGGAUGGGAACUAUGUAUGUGUUGCUGGACAAGGCCAUUAUUGUGUGUUUAAUGUGGAAUCAGGGUCCAGUCAAGAUCUCUUCCCUUAUGAUGCUGCUUCAACUUACCCUCAUGUCAAGAGAAUAGCCAAGGAGGAGUUCCUGCUUGCAGGGCCAGGCAACCUGGGAAUGUUUGUGACAGCUGCAGGUAUUUCUGAGCGACCACCAAUCCAGUGGACAGAGGGGAUAUCUGCUGUAUCUUACUAUCAUCCAUAUAUUAUAACAAUAACCAAUCAGUUUAUAAGAGUUUAUAGCUUGAUUGAUCAGCAGCAUAAACAAACUCUCAGCUUUUCUGGGGGUGAAUUAGUGGGAAAUUUUGAUGGUCAACUUUAUGUGGCAGCUAACUCGUGUGUGUCCUGUCUCAUGCCUCAGCCUUGGACUAUGCAAGUUCAGACCUUAAUGGAUAGUGAAAGAGUGGAGGAGGCUGUGGAACUGGCAGAACACAGUGGAGCUGUGGGGAUGAGCCAAGAACAGUACCACCAGUUGUUCCGUACACUACUUCAAAAGGCAGGUUUUAUUAAGCUUGCUCAUGGAGUUUAUGAUCAAGCGCAAGAAUAUUUCCUGAGGGGCUCCGUGGAUGUAAGAGAGGUGAUCAGCCUGUACCCGGGUCUCAUGCCAGAUUCUGUUGAGUUCAUGCGAGCUCAACCACCCUUGCACCAUCUUGCUGAUAUAGCUCAAGCCAUGCAUGGUGACCAGACCAAGAUUGAAGAAGCUAAAUCAUUCCUCUCAAAUUACCUCCUGCAUCUUCGAACCUUAGGAGAACCCAUCACAUACAGAAUGGAAGUAGACACUGCUAUUAUCAAGUUGCAUGCUGAGAAAAAGUCUGCAAAUUUGUUACUAUUCCUUGACUGUGGAGACAUUGUGUGCAACUUGCCUGAGUGUAUACGUUGGUUGGAAACUCAUCAACAGUUUUCUGUUUUAGCAAAACUGUACAGAGUUUUAGGCGACCUUGAUAAAUCUCUUGAAGUCCUCACUCGACUUGUAAGGGAUGAAAUUAAGGAUAAGCAUUUUAAAGGCAUUCAAGAUUUGGUGGACUGCUUGAUAUGUGCGGCUGACCCAAAUGUUGUAUGGCGUUACUCAGACUUUGUGUUGGAUCGAAAUCCAUUGGAAGGAGUAAGAGUUUUUACUGAAACAAAAGCAACAUUGGAUCCCUCAAGAGUUCUGCAGAUCCUUCAGAGGUACCCAGAAGCUAGGUUAGGAUUUCUCCAUCACCUUAUUGACACCAAGAAGUUACAGGAUGAAAAAUAUCACACAGAGUUGGUCCUGCACUAUGUAGAUGAGGCAGUGAGAUUGAUUAAUGAGGGGCCCACAUCUGUUGAACAACUGGAAGAGGUUAGAGGGAAGUUGCAAGACCUGCUCACCUCUUCUUGCCACUACCAGCCUCAGCCAGUCUUGUCCAGGAUGCAGGGUACUAGUCUCCAUGUGGAAACAGCUGCAGUAUUUGGAAGGCUUGGUGAACAUGAAAAAGCUCUUUCCAUGCUUGUCCAUCAAUUAAAAGACUUCAGUGCAGCAGAGCAAUACUGUAUAGCACAGACCAGAGGUGCAGAUAACACAUUUAAAUCCAAUAUCUUUCUCAAGUUGCUAAAGAUAUACUUGCGACCACCACCUGGGGGUUCUGAAGAUGACAUCGAACUAGCAUCAGCAAUAGAACUUCUGUCAGUUCACGCUGGGGACUUGGAAGUAUCAGCAGUCUUGGCACUCCUGCCACCCACUUGGUCGCUCAGUAUUGUUCAUCACUACUUACGAGCUGCUCUAAGAACCUCUUUGCAUCAGAGUCGAAUCAAGAGAAUACAGCAGACACUUGUGCGCAGUGAGAAUCUACAACAAAAGUUCAUCCUAUAUAAACUCAAUAAAGAUAUAGGACCCAUUCCAUUAGCUGCAAACAGGAUAUGCUGUGUUUGCAACCGAGGAUUUUCAAGCUGUGAGUUCACCAUCUACCCAAAUGGAGUGAUGGCACACCCAGCAUGUGCACCCAAUCCUAGUGUCUGUCCUCUUACUGGCACUGUCUUUCAAGUUUCGCACGAUUCUGCUACCAAACCAGGAACCAAGAAACAAUUCUCCAGAUGAAUGGAACAUUUCUAGAUUAAUGCACUGGUUAAUUAUAGCAUAUACUGUACAGUACAGUAUAUAUAAUUACUUUUAAUUUGUUAACUCUUUUUUCAUGUGGCAUUAUGGAAUAAGACAGAACUUCUUGUGACUGUGUAGCCUUUAAUCCCCAAGAACUUAUAAAAUAUAAUGUGAUAAAAUUUUUAUUGGCCACCGAUGAUCUCUCAUACAAAAAUUAGUUCAUUGUUAAUGUUAAGUACAUUAUUUAAGAAAUUUUGCUAGAAAACUGCACAUCUCUGGGUCUUGCAUAAAUAAAAUGAAGCAGAGA